ACUGGCUCGGGGAUAUGCUCUCACAUGCUUUCGCGUUGCCAUUCUGCCAAGCGACGCGGGGCGGACGCGGGUGAGGCACAAUUGACCUGCAGAUAGGCGCAGCCCUGUCGCAUGCCACAGUCGCACGAGCGUGGAACAAAGACAGAACACAGCAUCCCAAGUGCUGAUGCCCACUGGGCGCCUCGAAUGAUAGUGGUGUGGCAUGCUGGCACCAGGAACACGGCAUUGAUAUUGCUUCUGGAACACGCUCAGGGUCGCUGAACACAACGCGUGAUCCCUGACAACGAGCCUCUCCACGACAACCAGAGGCCCUCAUGUCUCCGGAAAGUCGACCGAAAGUUAGGAACUGGCCCAACGCUACAGCUCAGCUAACAGUGCUUGGCCUAGCCGCGGUGACGUGUGGGUACUUCUGUGUGAGCUUGGUACAACGGCGGCCGCGGUCAUAUCAAAAGCCAGAAACAACUCGGUCGCACGGGUGCUAAACAAGGCUCGAUCUAAGCAACCUCACAGAGCAUCGAACAUGCUGCGAGAUGUAAGCAGACUUUUCUGGUAAUUGGGCCGCGACGUCGCCAAUCGCAGCUCUUGGAGGUGAGUACCAGCGCACGCACAGCUGCUGUGCUUGAGACGUGCAUCUUAUUUUAACAAUUUAUCGACCAAUG